AUAUAAAUAAAAUAUUUCUAGAUUUCAACAAUAAAUAAAUACUGGAAUUGGUUAGAAAAUAGUUUUAUUUCAAAUCUUCGUGCUCAACAAUGGUAUAAUGGAGAUCAACCAAGAUAUUUAAAUGGAUUUAUAAAUGAUAAAUCAAAUCGUUUAAUUGGUUGGUCAACAAUGAGACAAUUACGUAUUAAAACAAGUUUAUGUUCUGAUCAACGUUUAAUUUCUACAUGUAAAAAUGAUUAUAGUUUAUUUAAUGAAGAAAAAUAUUCAUUUCAACCUGGAUGGAUAAAUAAAACAACAGAAGAAUAUAGUUCAUCAAUUUUAAAAGCAUUUAAAUAUUCUACAAGUAAUGAAUUAGAUACAUAUAUGUAUAUAGGUAAACAUGGAAUCUAUAGUGGAAAUGGUUAUGUAUAUGAAUUUCGUGGUCGUUUAUUUGAUAUUAAAAGUAAUUUAUCAUUACUUCAUAAAUUAGGUUGGAUUGAUGAACGUACAAGAGCUAUUUUUAUUCAAUUAACAUUAUAUAAUCCCAAUGUUCAAUUAUUUACUUCAGUUACAUUUCUUAUUGAAUUUUUAUCAACAGGUUUAAUUUCUCCAACUGCUCGUUUUGAACCAAUUAAUUUUUAUGUAUUUACAUCAAUAAUACAAUUAGUUUGUAUAAUUAUUUAUAUGGGUUUUAUUAUUUAUUUUAUGAUAAUUGAAAUUGGAUUAUUAUAUCAAUUAAAAUAUUUUAGUAAAUUUUGGUCAUUAAUUGAAUUAGGAAUAAUAAUUUGUUCAUGGGGAAGUGUUGGAGUUUAUAUUUGGGGUUUUAAAGAAUUUAAUCGUAUAAGUUCACUUUUUCAAAAAACUAAUGGAUAUGUUUAUAUAAAUUUACAAUUUGCAGUUUAUAUAAAUGAUCUUUUAACAUUUCUUCUUGGUUUUUGUUGUUUUUUUGGUUUAAUUAAAUUUAUUUAUUUAUGUCGUUUUAAUCAACGUUUAUUAUUAUUUAGUCAAACACUUAAAUAUGCUGGAAAACAACUUAUUUCAUUUUCAUUUAUGUUUUCAAUUGUAUUUAUAUCUUUUCUUUGUUUAUUUUAUUUAUUAUUUGUAUCAAAUAUUUCAUCUUGUUCAUCUUUAUUAGAAACUUCACAAAUGUUAUUUGAAAUGACAUUAAUGAAAUUUGAUACAAGUCAAUUAAUUGAAGCUAACGCUUUUCUUGGUCCAUUUUGUUUUACUUUAUUUAUUUUCUUAAUUGUUUUUAUUUGUUUAAGUAUGUUUCUUUCAAUAAUUAAUGGUAGUUUUCGUCGUGCUAGAGAAAAUAAAUUUGAAGAUCACGAAAUUUUUUCAUUUAUGUUAAAGAAAUUUUUAUAUUGGACAGGUUUGAAAAAGUUAAGUCGAUCAGAAAUUCAAGAAGAACGAGAUUCACAAAUGCGUUCACAAUAUUUUGAUUCAAUUGAAAAUUUUCCUGAUAAAAUUGAUCAAUUACUUGAAGCAAUCAAUAAAGUUUAUAUCGAUCAAAAAUCUGAACUAUUAAGAUUGAAAAAAGCCGGAGUUUAG